ACCAUGCUUUUAAAUAUUUGAGUGUGAAUUGACUCACUGGGUAGUAAUGGCAGAUCGAAACAGUAAAUGUGUCGGAGAAGUGUUUGUAACCUACGCCUAUAUUUUGCUCUAUAUCGCGCUCUCCAGUGGCCAGAUCUUCUUCAACAAGUGGGUUCUUUCAUCAAAGGAAAUUAACUUUCCUUAUCCUCUUGGACUGACCUUACUUCACAUGGUCUUCUCCUCUGUAUUAUGUUUUACGCUUACUAAAGUUCUCAAGAUUAUGAAAGUUGAAGAAGGGAUGACUUUGCAAAUAUAUAUAUCUUCAGUCAUCCCAAUUGGUGCCAUGUUUGCUAUGACUCUUUGGCUUGGAAACACUGCUUACCUCUAUAUAUCCGUUGCAUUUGCUCAAAUGUUGAAAGCGAUCAGUAAUGCUGUUGCAGUUUUCAUUCUUGGUGUAGCAGCUGGACUUGAAAUGAUGAGCUGCAGGAUGCUUAUGAUAAUGUCAGUGAUUAGUUUUGGUGUACUGGUAGCUUCAUAUGGUGAAGUAAUUAUUAGCUGGGUCGGUGUUUUUUACCAAAUGGGAGGAGUUGUUGGAGAAGCUUUGAGGCUAAUAUUUAUGGAGAUUUUGUUAAAAAGGAAGGGUCUCAAACUAAAUCCCAUAUCUGUGAUGUACUAUGUUAGCCCCUGCAGUGCUAUUUGCCUAUUAAUUCCAUGGAUCUUUCUGGAGAAGUCGAAGAUGGAUGCACAGGGGACAUGGAACUUCAAACCUCUUGUUCUGACUCUUAAUUCUCUUUGUACUUUUGCCCUCAAUCUUUCAGUCUUCCUUGUCAUCUCGCAUACAAGUGCUUUGACUAUUCGUGUGGCAGGAGUUGUCAAGGAUUGGGUUGUAGUUCUACUCUCAGCCAUUCUUUUUGCAGAUACAAAGCUGACACUUAUCAAUCUGUUUGGUUAUGCAAUUGCCAUUGUAGGGGUAGCUGCAUACAAUAACCACAAGUUAAAAAAGGAAGCUUCUCGAGUUGUUAGUACAGACGAGCCUGCUCAAUCAAUCCCACUAGUUUCAUCCCCAACUUCGAACAAGUAAAGCUGUAUAAGUCAGUGGUCAACUUCAACAAGGACUGGGUAAAGCUUGAAUCCAAUUCAUAAAAUGUUGAACACCACAAUUUUGAAUCAGAAUUUACUCCAUCAAACUUAAUGAUACUGAGGAGAUGAUUAUUUUCAGUACACAAUUAUUGUAAUUUGGCAAAAUCUGGAACCAUAUAAACCCUGGAAUUUCUCAAAUGAAUUGUAGAUGCGAUGAGUCAGAUAAUGAAAAUGGGCUGGAAAAAGCUUGAACACAGUUAGGAUUCUUUUGAGUGGAGGAGCUUCUCAACUCCUAUUACCCUAUGCAAGCAACUUGAGACUAUAAUCUCGUUCUUACCCUCCUUUGCCAUUUACUUUACUCUUUGCCAGUGUUACUUUCUCCUUAUAUAUAGUAGCUACAUUUUCAUGAUCUGGAAAUGUGAAGUAUUACUUGUAAUAGUAAUCAAGUUUCAAUUUGCUUUAAAAUACAAGUAGCUUUAAUCCUAA